AUGGCUGAAAAUUUUCAAGAUAACUUGCAUUGCACGGAUCUUGUUCACUAUCUUCCAAACCACCUUGCUAUCAGCUUGCUGAAUAAAAAGAGAUGGCAUUUGGCCUUGGUAAAAAUCAAUUGUUCAAGGGCCUUGCUUUCUCUCCUCAAUGAAAUUCUUGCAAAACACAACAAGAUUUCUAUGUUGCCUGCAUCUGCCCGUCUUCUCAUCAGCAUUGAUCUUGCUAUCAGCUUGCUGAAUAAAAAGAGAUGGCAUUUGGCCUUUGUAAAAAUCAAUUGUUCACGGGCCUUGCUUUCUCUCCUCAAUGAAAUUCUUGCAAAACACAACAAGAUUUCUAUGUUGCCUGCAUCUGCCAGUUUUCUCAUCAGUAUUGAUCAACCACGCGAACAUACCUGCUGUUUCUCCAGUGUUAAUCAGACUAUCCUCUCUAAGAUUGUCAAAGAGAAAAAUCAUGAUGAGCUUUUUAAACUUGGAGGUGCUAAACGUAUCGCCGUUUCUCUCAAAACGGAUGCGAAUCAUGGAAUUGAUGGAGCGACAGAAGACAUAUUUAUCAGACAGAAGGAGUUUGGGAGUAAUACUUACAGUAAGCCACCUACAAUGGGAUUCCUCCAUUUUAUAUUGGAAGCUUUCAAGGAUCCGACAAUCCUAAUUCUAUUGGCUUGCGCUACGCUUUCUCUUGGAUUCGGGAUCAAAGAGAAUGGUCCAAAAGAAGGUUGGUAUGAUGGUGGAAGCAUAUUUGUUGCUGUAUUUCUUGUUAUUUCUGUCUCAGCUAUCAGCAACUUCAGGCAAAGCAGGCAAUUCGACAAGCUUUCGAAGGUGAGCAAUAAUAUCCUGAUUGAAGUUGUGAGAAAUGGAAGGAGGCAACAAAUGUCGAUAUUUGACAUUGUUGUUGGAGACAUUGUUUGUCUGAAGAUCGGCGAUCAAGUACCUGCAGACGGAUUAUUUCUAGAUGGGCACUCAUUGCAAGUGGACGAAUCUAGCAUGACAGGUGAAAGUGAUCACGUUGAAAUCGAUCGAGAUAGAAAUCCCUUCUUGUUCUCUGGCACAAAGGUGAGCAAUAAUAUCCUGAUUGAAGUUGUGAGAAAUGGAAGGAGGCAACAAAUAUCGAUAUUUGACAUUGUUGUUGGAGACAUUGUUUGUCUGAAGAUCGGCGAUCAAGUACCUGCAGACGGAUUAUUUCUAGAUGGGCACUCCUUGCAAGUGGAUGAAUCUAGCAUGACAGGAAUGAACACAACUUGGGGAGAAAUGAUGAGCACAAUUAGCAGAGACUCAAAUGAGCAAACACCUCUUCAAUCUCGAUUAAACAAGCUGACUUCAUCAAUAGGUAAGGUUGGUUUAGCAGUAGCUUUCCUAGUACUUGUCGUGCUAUUGGUUCGAUUCUUUACAGGCAAUACAACAGACGAAAAUGGGAAUAAAGAGUUCAAUGGAUUUGGUAAGACUAAGGUUGAUGAUGUGAUCAGUGGUGUUCUGGGAAUUAUUGCUGCCGCAGUAACUAUUGUAGUUGUUGCAAUUCCCGAAGGACUGCCAUUGGCAGUUACUCUGACUCUAGCUUAUUCGAUGAAAAGGAUGAUGUCCGACCAAGCUAUGGUGCGAAGGCUCUCUGCAUGUGAGACUAUGGGAUCUGCCACUACCAUAUGUACUGACAAAACAGGUACUCUUACUUUGAAUCAAAUGAAGACAACUAAGUUCUGGUUGGGGAAAGAAUGCGUUGAAGGGAAAAGCUAUAUAUCAAUUCCAACCGGCGUUCUCGAAUUGCUGCAUCAAGGGGUCGGUCUCAACACAACAGGUAGUGUUUAUGUGUCGACUGCAUCAGUGUUUGAAUUCUAUGGUAGUCCCACUGAAAAGGCCAUUCUUUCAUGGGCUGUGCUUGAAUUGAAUAUGGAUUUGGAGAAGGUCAAGCGAAAUUGUAGCAUUGUGCACGUGGAAGCAUUCAAUUCAGAGAAGAAGAGAAGCGGAAUUUUAAUGAAGAAGAAUGAAGAUGACACGAUUCACGCACACUGGAAAGGAGCUGCUGAAAUGAUCCUAGCAAUGUGCUCUCAUUACUAUGAUUUGGAAGGAAAUGUGAAUCAUCUCAAUAAUUUCGAAAGGAUGAAAUUCGAUCAAAUAAUACAAGGUAUGGCUGCAAGUAGUCUUCGAUGCAUCGCAUUUGCAUAUAAGCAAGUUUUAGAGGUCGAGCAUGUCAUUCCCAGUGGACGACCAAAAAUUCAAGAUCACGGAUUGACCCUAUUAGGCCUUGUCGGCCUAAAAGAUCCAUGUCGACCAGGUGUGAAGAAAGCCGUGGAAGAUUUUCAACAUGCAGGCGUAUGUGUCAAAAUGAUCACUGGUGAUAAUAUUUUCACUGCAAAAGCAAUAGCCACCGAAUGUGGAAUACUCAGGCUGAAUGAAGAAAUGGAUGAUGGAUUAGUGGUCGAAGGAGUUGAAUUUCGCAACUAUACAGAAGAGGAAAGAAUGGAAAAAGUCGAUAAAAUCUGUGUGAUGGCAAGAUCAUCUCCUUUUGACAAACUUCUAAUGGUGCAAUGUCUGAAAAAGAAAGGCCAUGUUGUGGCAGUCACUGGCGAUGGCACAAAUGAUGCACCCGCAUUAAAGGAAGCUGAUAUAGGCCUUUCGAUGGGAAUUCAAGGUACGGAAGUGGCCAAAGAGAGUUCAGAUAUCAUCAUUUUGGACGAUAAUUUUGCUUCUCUCGCCACCGUUUUAAGAUGGGGAAGAUGUGUUUACAACAACAUACAGAAAUUCAUCCAAUUUCAACUCACAGUGAAUGUAGCAGCACUUACAAUCAACUUUGUAGCAGCAGUUUCAGCUGGUGAGGUGCCAUUAACAGCAGUCCAGUUAUUAUGGGUGAAUCUGAUAAUGGACACAUUGGGGGCUCUAGCUCUUGCCACAGAGAAACCUACCAUGGAGCUCAUGGGAAAGCCACCCGUGGGCCGGACCGAGCCUCUUAUCACCAAUGUUAUGUGGAGGAACUUAUUAGCUCAAGCAUUGUAUCAGAUAGUUGUUCUUUUGACAUUACAGUUCAAAGGAGAAUCAAUCUUUGGUGUGAGCGAAAAGGUAAACGACACAUUGAUUUUUAACACUUUCGUGCUUUGUCAAGUGUUUAACGAGUUCAACGCGAGGAAGCUUGAGAAGAAGAAUGUAUUUGAAGGGAUACACAGGAAUAAGCUGUUUAUUGGGAUCAUUGGAAUAACUAUAAUUCUCCAAGUAGUAAUGGUGGAAUUUCUGAAGAAGUUUGCAGAUACAGAGAGGUUGAAUUGGAGUCAAUGGGGGUUCUGUAUAGGAAUUUCAGCUGCAUCUUGGCCUAUUGGUUGGCUUAUCAAGUGCAUACCAGUACCAGGAAAACCAAUAUUUAGUUAUGUCAAUUGGAAGUUGUUGAGAUGCAUAUAA